UAUACGAUCGUGCGAGUAUCAAUCUCUCACAAAAUAGUUAAUGAUCACAUGGGGAAAACUAGAUAUACCGUUUUUCUGGUGUACAUUCAUGCUAUUGAUUCGUGGUGUAUAAGCAAUACAUUUUUGAGGCUUCACUACCCCUCUUGAGGGAGUUCAUGUUGAAUAUACUCUGUCCCCUACCCUAUCUACGUCGUACAGGUGUAAGGAAAAAAAGGAGGAAAAGAGAAAAGAAAUAGCAGAGUUGCGGAGUCGCUGUGGUACCCACACGAACUUCUCAACCUGGUAGUGAUUCAAUUACCAUUAGUCUAUCUUUCAUUCGGUGUAACGUCUGUCUCGUCUAUUCUGUGUUUGAUUAAUUAAACAACGGAAGCUAAAUAUUGCAAUGGAUUUAAAGGAAGAAGACGAAAGUGCAAACGAAAAUAGUAGACAACUGUUUUUGGUGGGUGCACCGCGCGAUCCUUUAGUAUCCACUGGAGCGAUCGUCGCUUCCGCUGGAGCACCAGACGAGAUCAACCCCGGAGGAGAUCUACAGUCGACUGCUCUGGCUGGUCUGAUAGGCGCUCAAUCUUCCUCAGUUUGCUUUCCUACAAAAUUCUCGUAUGACUUUUCACCAAGUCCGGGAAGCGAGGAUAGACAAUCAACUGGAGUUGGAAAAAGGAAACAGCGGAGAUACCGCACCACAUUUACAAACUUUCAAUUAGAAGAAUUAGAAAGAGCGUUUCAGAAGACACAUUAUCCUGAUGUAUUUUUUAGAGAAGAGCUUGCUCUACGUAUCCAAUUGACAGAAGCAAGGGUACAGGUAUGGUUUCAAAACAGAAGAGCAAAGUGGCGAAAACAAGAAAAACAAUGUAAAGUAACCACUCACUUGACCUCGCAUAUGCCACCUUCUGAAUGUCAGGAAGUACAACAACAGCAGCAACAGCAGCAACAAUCAGAUCAUUUGUUACUGGAACCACCAUUGGGUAGCCCACCACCUAUAUAUCUUGGCAUGGAAUGGGCAGGGUUUUCACCAUAUAGUAACACAGCCACUACAUCACCUCUUGUGGUUAAUAGUAUGAAUAAGCCAUUAGAAUCAGAGGCAGAUGACAAUCCUUUGCUGGAUCCAGAACUGUUACAACUAAAAACUCCACGUUCCUAAUAGUACCAAUCCAAAUCUAUGCUGUAGUGGAACUGAUUAAUAACAUUCCUUAUAUUAUGUAACAUUUUUAAAGAGCAAAGUGUCUGAUGCAAACAAUUCUUUGCAAUGUCACUUAAAUCUCACCAUGUAUCGUGCAAUAUAUGGCCAUCAAAAGUGUCAUGUACAUUACUACCAGUUUUAACUGGUAUGUUAUAAUUUCAAGAUGAGGGACCAGAGACUUAUUAUAAGAAACAAUAUAAAAAUUAAAAUUCGAAUAUGCUUGGAAUAUUGUUACAUAAUUUUGUAAAAAUAUAUAGAUUUAUUCUUCAUAUGGAUUCAAUGAAUCUCAAAACGAGUAGUAAUAAUUGUACGUUAUAUCAAAAUCAGAAAUUAAAUUUUUAUUCUUGGGAAACCAAUGAAAUUGUUCCAGCAUAAAAUAGUAAUCAUCUUUAUUCCGUGCACAUAUAUUAUAAGUCAUUGAAUAAACUAAGUUAUUAAUCAAUUGAUUUAGGAGCAAGAAAGCAAUUCAGGAUGCUUUUUUUGAUCUUCCAAAUCUUAGAUUUGGUUUGGGCAUUAUCAUUCGAAAAAGUAUUGUUCAUUUCUAUAAAGAUGUAUCCAAUCAAAUAAAAUUUAGAAUUAUCAAUCGUUUUACA